AUGAAAUACCUAGCCGACUCCAUUGGGCUUUUCGGCGGCUUUGUGCUGUUUCUGUCGUGGUUAUGGAGUAUCUACUUGCCUCAAAGUGAAAGACCAGAAGCAACCAGAAAGCAACAAAUAAUCUACGCGACUUAUCUGAGCGCGCCCACCGAAAAUAAAGAUCAUUUCAUCUCCGAAUUCCGCAACACCAGCGAUCCAUAUUUUGACGCGGCUCGAAUCCUCACAUAUCAGUUCCUCCACGCACCGGAAACGCGAACCAGGUUGGCCAUCCCUUUCGUGGUCUUUGUUCACCAGAAUGUUGAUCAAGAAAAGAGAGAUCGUCUCCAAACCGACGGUGCACAAGUCAUUGAGUGGUCCGAUUUCCGAGUGGACUGGGUUCGACCGACAGAAUCCCGAUGGGUCGAUGCCCUGACGAAACUGCGGCUGUGGGAGAUGGUCCAGUACGACCUGAUUGUGUUUUUGGAUGGUGAUUCAGUCCUAACAAGAUGCCUCGACGGAAUUCUCAGCGCCUCUGUGACUUGGCUUGCAACAUCCACACAAACCUCAUUAUCUAUUAACGGGGUUGAAAUACCCCUGCCAGAGACUUACAUUGCUGCUGGCUUGCCGCAACUCAGGUCGAAUCACUCGUCGCAUCCGUCGCGUGUACCAGAGGACUUUUGGGACUGGGAUACCUUCAAUGCUGGCUUUAUGGUUCUGCAGCCGUCACUGAAGAUGUUCCACUACUUUGAGGCGUUGCUGGCAGUUGAGGAUAGCUUUGAUACCAGUAUAGCCGAACAGAGCGUCUUGAAUGUUGCCCUUUCUCGAGGAGGCCCUACCCCGUGGACUACCGUGGACUUCUCGUGGAAUAUUCAAUGGCCAUGGCCGGAGGACAUUAAGACGGGUUAUGAUGUUCUUCAUGAAAAGUGGUGGGCACCUAUGCACUGGGAAUCUAGGGAGUAUUUGCUCUCUUGGUAUUGGCGAAUGAUUGGGUAUUAUUCUGCCUCUGAUUGA